AUGUGCUCGCCAGACGCCUUGCUGGCCAUUCUUGCCGUCCUCUUCCCGCCCAUCGCAGUCUGGAUAAAGGUCGGCAUCUGCUCUGCAGACUCGCUCAUCAACAUCGCCCUUUGCUGUCUGGGCUAUGUCCCCGGCCUGCUGCACGCCUGGUAUACGAUCUUAAAGUAUCCAGAGGCAGACGACGAGUAUCCGGACGGAUACAGGCCGAUCGUGGGACACAGGAACCGAGGAGACGCCGAAGCAGGGCGGGUCACGUAUUACUAUAUCGCCCAUGAACAGGCUCAUCCGAACCAGCAGCAUCAACCUCAGCAGCAGCGCACGUACGGGACCAACCAGCACCCUGCGUCGAGGGCAGCUCCCCCGCCUCCCGUCCCCCAGAAGCCGCAGGGUGAUGCCGGAUAUGUUGCUGCUGGUGCGCCGGGUCAGGGAAGCAGCAGCAGCAGGCCAGAGGGUGAACACAGAGCUCCACCUACCUACGCCGAGGCCGUGAAGGGCGACAAUAAGAUCCAAUCUUAG